AUGAUUGCCAAUAUAUUGGACUCAUCGGCAAAACUGGUAUUCAAUGGUUUAACUGAUGGCACGUUCACUGAUUUGGGAAAUUAUGAUCAAUGUAUCCGCGACUUCAUCCCCAGCACUGAGGAUGAGAAGCAACUUAAUGGCAAAUACUGUUUGCUUCAGAUUAAGCCUCCUUUGCCGCAAAGGCGACCCCACCUGAAACACUCGGAUAGGAUUUUUAAUUUUACUGACACCAGCCUUCAAAAUCCGAAUGCCGAGUAUUAUGGAUCCCUUGCGCACACAAUGAGUAAAUUUCAAUUCGAGCCUCACAUCGGAAGUGACUGUUAUGUGGAAGACGUCCAGAAAUAUAAUAUUAAAAAACUUGUGCAAAAACUCGACUUUUACUCAAUUAUGUCAAUAGAGCGUUCAGAUAGAGCUGAGCCGAAGAGGUGGAUGUCUUCCGUAUCAGCUAAUACUCAACAGUUGGGACUCAUCACACAUUUUCUUUCUAAUUGG